AAACCAGCGUUUUUCCUGUCCUCAAAAACUCAAAAUCUCAAAACUAAACCCUAAAACCCAACUCGGUUUCUUUUGUUUUUCCACCAAGCCGAACCCGCCUUCGUCCCGUCUUACACAAAAGUUUUCAACUUCGAGUGUCUGUUGAGAUUGCUGAAAUGAGUUCCGGGUUACAACCAGUUCCUAUAACACCCCAAAAACACGACCCUGCGUGGAAGCACUGUCAAAUGUUUAAAAAUGGGGAUAGAGUGCAGCUUAAAUGUUUGUACUGUCACAAACUUUUUAAGGGUGGUGGGAUUCAUAGAAUAAAAGAACAUCUUGCUGGUCAAAAGGGUAAUGCUUCUACUUGCCAUAGUGUUCCUCCUGAGGUUCAGAAUAUAAUGCAAGAGAGUUUAGAUGGGGUAAUGAUGAAGAAAAGGAAAAGACAGAAGCUUGAUGAAGAGAUGACGAAUGUGAACGCCAUGACUGGUGAGGUAGAUGCAAUUUCCAAUCAUAUGGAUAUGGAUUCUAGUAUUCAUUUGAUUGAAGUUGCCGAGCCACUUGAAACCAGUUCAGGUUUGUUACUAACUCACGAGGAAGGAACAAGUAAUAAAGUGGGAAGGAAAAAGGGUAGUAAAGGUAAGAGUUCUUGCAUGGAAAGAGAGUUGAUUGUUAUUCCAAAUGGUGGUGGUAUACUGGAUUCUAAUAGGGUCCAUAACCAAGUGCAUAUGGCAGUUGGGCGAUUUUUGUUUGACAUUGGGGCAUCUCUAGAAGCAGUAAACUCAGCCUAUUUCCAGCCAAUGAUUGAAUCAAUUGUUUCAGCAGGUACUGGGAUUAUACCACCUUCAUAUCAUGAUAUUCGGGGUUGGAUAUUGAAGAAUUCAGUGGAAGAAGUGAGGAGUGAUUUUGACAGAUGCAAAGCCACGUGGGGAAUGACUGGUUGUUCUGUCAUGGUUGAUCAGUGGCAUACAGAAGCAGGUCGAACCAUGCUCAAUUUUUUGGUGUAUUGUCCUAAGGGAACAGUGUUUUUGGAAUCUGUGGAUGCAUCUGGAAUUAUGGAUUCCCCAGAUUUGCUUUACGAAUUACUCAAAAAGGUGGUUGAACAAGUAGGGGUGAAACAUGUAGUGCAGGUGAUUACUAGGUUUGAAGAAAAUUUUGCUACUGCUGGCAGAAAGCUUUCGGAGACAUAUCCAACCCUCUAUUGGACCCCAUGUUCUGCUAGUUGCGUGGAUUUGAUUCUUGGGGAUAUUGGAAACAUAGAGGGUGUAAAUACUGUUAUUGAGCAGGCUCGAUCAAUUACAAGAUUUGUCUAUAACAAUAGUGUGGUUUUAAACAUGAUCAGGAGGUAUACCUAUGGGAAUGAUAUCGUAGAACCUUGUGUCACAAGAUCUGCCACAAACUUUGCAACAUUGAAUCGGAUGGUUGAUCUGAAACGAUGUCUGCAGACCAUGGUAACUUCUCAAGAGUGGAUGGACAGCCCAUAUUCAAAGAGGCCAGGGGGACUGGAAAUGUUGGAUUUAAUCAGCAGUGAAUCAUUUUGGUCCUCAUGCAAUUCAAUUAUUCGUUUGACAAACCCUCUCUUGAGAGUUUUGAGAAUAGUGGGUAGUGGGACGAGACCUGCGAUGGGAUACGUUUAUGCAGCAAUAUAUAAUGCUAAACUAGCAAUUAAGACAGAACUUGUUGACAGAGAGCGUUACAUGGUAUACUGGAACAUCAUAGAUCAGAGAUGGGAACACCAUUGGCGUCAUCCUCUUCAUGCUGCUGGAUUCUACCUGAACCCCAAGUUCUUUUAUAGCAUUGAAGGAGAUAUGCAUGGUGAAAUCCUAUCAGGGAUGUUUGAUUGCAUUGAAAGACUGGUUUCUGAUACAAAUGUUCAAGAUAAAAUAAUAAAAGAAAUAACCUCGUACAAGAAUGCUAGUGGCGAUUUUGCAAGAAAGACGGCUAUUAGAGCAAGAGGGACACUGCUUCCAGCUGAGUGGUGGUCAACAUGUGGAGAAGGAGGAUGCCCAAAUUUAACUCGCUUGGCCACUCGAAUUCUAAGUCAAACCUGCUCCUCAGUGGGGUUUAAGCAAAAUCAAAUCCUUUUUGACAAGUUACAUGACACUAGGAAUCACAUUGAACAUCAACGUCUUAGUGACCUUGUAUUUGUGCGCUUCAACUUGCAACUUAAACAAAUGGCCACUAACGCCAAUGAACAUUAUCCAGUUGACCCCCUUUCCUUUGAUGGCCUCGGUAUUGUUGACGACUGGGUUUGGAGAAAGGAUUUAAGUGCAGAGGAUUGUGGGAAUCUGGAAUGGACAGUACUUGAUAGUCCACCCUCCGGUUCUACUAUGCUUUUACCCCUGAAUGAUGACUAUGAUGACUUGGUUGCAGGGUUUGAUGACUUGGAGGUUUUUAGAAAGCAGAGGGAGAGUGAAGAUGACAAUAUAUCAUAACACGAAGCGAGCAAUGCCUGCAAGCAACUCACACCAUCUCUAUUGGUGGACGGUCUUACAUGCGUCUAUUUAUCUUGCACGGAAGGAAUAACUAGAUGGUCUGAUUUAGUCAAGCUCUUCAAGAGCAGAUUGAGUGUAUGUAUGCCUCUGUAGUAGGAUAGGUCACCAGGUCAUUGUAUCUUAUAACUAAGCAAAGUAGUUUUGUAGAUUACAAGGCUUUUAGGUCACUUAUGAUUUAGAUUAUUCAAAUUAAAGCUGUAUAUGCAAAUGAUGAAGGGAGCCAUUAAUUUUUAAUGAUAUCUUAGUUGAACCAUUUAUGCUGAAAAA